AGAAAUAGCUAUUGGACCUAAACUACUGGGCCGCCGAAGCCCUGAAUGUUCGAGUUAUUGCAAUUUGCAACUCAAAACUCACAACCUAGACGACGAAGUCCCCUGCGUCCUUCAGCAAAACUGCGAAAGCUUCCUUUGUCAAUCCCGUCUUCAAGCCUAUCUACUCUUAUCCAAAGGGCCAAAACUCCCUCGCCACGCCGAGUUCCAUCGAUUCUCAGGCAACACAGCUUGUGUUUUGCCCUCCGACCUUGUUCCAGCUUCCUCCAUCAAUCCCACAAACUGUGACCUUGUUCCAGCUUCCUUCAUCAAUCCCACCAACGAUUUCAUCUCCUUCGCCGACACAUCCUCUUCGUUCUGUAUCCGUGAAAUAGAUUCGCCAAUUUCCCUACGAAAUCCGCGCCCCAACAAGUAAUAAUUCACGAAUUCUAUACGAAAUCCUUCAGAUUCGCGUUUUCGCGCUCUAAAGCGGGAGCGCCGAGCCCUGCCCCACGAAUUGUGUGCAUCAUUCCUUGUCUCCUAUCCUGCCUUCCUUUGCAAAGAUGCUCUCAAAUGGACCAAGCGGUUGAUUUGGUAGCUUGUGGAGGUUAUUGAUGUCCUAUGCCAAUGGCAGCUGAUCAUUGGAGAAAACGUCUCAAUGGUACAAAUGUUGCUGGCUGCAGUUCCUGGGAGCAGCCCAGAGGGAAAAAGAAGAAAUUUGAACCUUUAAAAAAUGAUUUAAAUACAAAAUCUCAUAUAUCCCUUGAGUGGGACAACCACCAAAAGAGGGUUGUUGCCAAAAGGGAACAAAUAGGCAUACACCAGAGAGAUUUGAGAUCUGUUUUGCUUUCUGCUAAACCGGCAAGUCCGAAUGGCAUAGCCGACGUUGUUACUGUUCCUCGAGAAGUCUUUCAAUUGGAGAAUCUGAUGGAAGUUCUCUCCCCCAAGGUGUGGCAGUCUUACUUGUCAGUGAAAGAGAGAAACUUUCUUGUGAAAUUUCUACCUACGGGUGUGGAUGCAGAAGAAAUUGUGGAUGAUUUACUUUCCGGGGAGAACUUCCAUUUUGGAAAUCCUUCUGUCAACUGGCAAAAUGAUCUCUGUCCUCUAGUUGAUCGGCACUAGAGUAGUACACUUUGUGCAGGUAAUCUUCACCCUGAUGUCAUUCUCCGUCAGGAGCAGGCUCUUAAGACUGCUAAGAAAGCGCACUAUUUAGAGAUCCAGAAUUACCAUAAUGAGUAUGAUAACAUAGCCAUAGAAAUGUAUUCUUUUUGUUGUGCAUGUUGCUGCACACUAUUUCUCAGAUGUGUACUUCAACCUUUUGAUGUUUGUUUUGCUAGCAUGAUCAAAUAUUUGCAAACAAUGAAAGCAACAUGUGAGAGGAGCAGGGAUCUAGAGAAGGAGAUUUUUCAGAAGACAUUGCGGGAUGCGGAGAGACCGGCGUCCUCACUUGGAUAUGAUCAUAGAGUUUUAGAGAGUGAAGAAAAGGUGGCAACAUCUGAAUCUUGUUCCUUGCUGGCGGAAGAGAAAGGCUGUAGCAGUGACAAUCAAAAUUCCUCUGUGAAGGGAGCAAAGCAUCGUGAAAGACCUUAUGAGAAAGGCUCCUCGAAGGGGAAUGACAUAAAGCCAUCAGCUGCUUUGCAUGGUGCAAAAUCUGGGAAGGUAGAUAAGGUGCAGAAGCACAAUAUUCAACACACUGAUGGUGCUCAAUAUAUGUCCUACCUAAAGAUAAGCAAGAAGCAGCACCAACUAGUGAAGAGCAUGAAGCAAUCUGGCAAAAGCAUUCAGUCUGAAUCUCUUAGUCGUGUGUUGGGUAACCUUGAUAUGCUGGAUGUACAACCAUUUGAAGAGUUUGUAAAAGAGGAAGAGAAGAAGUUGCAUGAGCAUUGGCACCAAUUGGCCGUCAAAGAUUUUCCUGCAAUGUAUGUGAACUGGAGAGCGAGACAGUCUCAGAGACAAGAGAUGAUUAGGUCUUUAGGGCGAGAUCUGAAACUACAAUGUGAAGUAGAAGUGGAAGAUGAAGAAGCUGAAGAACAAGACCGAGAAGGAGAAGACUAUGAUGAAGAGGAACUAGAACAAGAACGGGAACGGGAACAGGAAGAGGAAUAUGAUGAUGAGAAUGAAGGUGCAAAUGAAGAUGAUGACAAAGAAGAAGAAGAAGAAGAAAGACAUAAGCAACGCCAACCACAACCAAGUGUUUCUUCACCUUACUGGGUUAAUGACUUAAAUGGCCAUCUCGUGGAGGAUGAGGAGAAAGAGGACAUCAAUGAGCAUAGUAGUGGAGAGGAAAGAGAAGAAGAAUCAGAUGUGGAGAUGGGUAACAUGGAUAAGGAGACAGACGAUGAUGAGGUCAUGGUUAAUGAUCGAAAUGAUUGCGAGGCAAUCCUUCUGGAUCAGAAUGAGCAGAAUGAUGCUUUUCAGGAUCAGAGUGAUGAAGAAGCAGGCAGCCUGGAGUCGAAUCCAGAAGAUGAUGAAGCAAUACUUCUGGAUCAUACUAAGCAGAAUGGUGUGUUCCAGGAUCAAAGUGAUGAAGAAGUAAGAAGUCUGGGGUCCAAUCCAGAAGAUGUUGAAGAAGCAAGAAGUUCUGGCUCACUCCAGUAUCAGCCACCACCACCGCAUAUCUCUUCGUUGAGUGCACAUGGUGUUGAUACAGUAGAUGAUGUUUCAGAAAGAAAUGAUGGUGGAGUCUCCAAAGUAAAUAAUAACUCUGUGGCGGAGGACGUAAUUGGUCAUGGAGUUCCUAUAUCCUCUGGUGAGGAUGUUUGGUCGGCUGUCAGCAUGCCAGUGCAGUCUUAUUAUGACUCCACUUCAAACUACACCCAUGAUCAGGAUUUCGUAUCUACAUCCUCCUUGAUACACCCACAUCAAGAUGGUGAAGAGCAGCACACCCAGUUGAUCGAUUUGGGAUCUCAUGUCCAUGAAGAUACCAGGGGAGAUUUGUCCCGAAGACAGUCUGAUGGAGUCCCAUUCGGUACUCGCCCAGAACCUGACAGAAGCGGUCUACUUCAGUCGCUGUUCAAGGGGCAGGAGACAACAUUACCCUUCAUUAGGGAGGAACAAAAGCUGGAAGCUUUGGAUUUCCAGCCUCAGAGUGAUGUCUUAAUGGAAGGUGAGCAGUUUAAAAAUGUACACAUUCAUGGACAUCUUCAGCCUUCUAUCCUGCUCGGGCAGGGUCAAAAGAGACAACACACGGAGGAUUACAUAAGACACAACUUGUCUCAAGAUGUUUACUCACCAGUUAGCAGUGGUGGGUACAUAAUCCCAAGGCAGACACAUGUCAAUCUUCAAGACUGGAACCCGAGCCUUGCUGUUACCCGCCCGCCAUCCCGGUUCCCACCACCAAGCCUUAAUGGAGAUUUGUUAUUGGGUCAGAACUGGUUUCAUCAUGGCGAGCAGCAUCAACUCCGUGGUGGAGGUUGGAAUGGUUAUGAUGGUAGUAGUGGUAGUGCCACUAGUAAUGUUCCGAGCCAGAGCAUUGGGGGAACUACAGCGGAUCAGACUCUGUAUAGUGUUCUACCGCACUGCAAUCAGUUACCGCCAAGUUAUCCUCUUGAUUCAAUGCCGGUUUCCAGUGGGCAACUGAUGACACCAAGGAACUACGGUAUGGUUGGGGGUGGAUUUGGUGGUCUCCCUCGGCUUGGUGGUAAUAUCACAUUGCCGCAGGUGGGUGGCGUUGUGCAUGAACAUGACUACUUCUCCUCUGGGCGUGGCAGCGACCCAGUUGGGUCCUCCAUGGUGAUGCCAGAUGAAGCUACAGGGUGGAUGAAUAUGGGGCAUAAUCUUAUUAGUAAUAAUAGUGGUAAUGGUAGUAAUUUUGGGUUUCUUGAUCCUAUGGGGAGGCCAUAAUUGAGGUCAUGGCACCAGCAAUGAGAAAGCCUGCAGCUUUGGUGGCAGAGUGUUUUGGGGGUAGGGUUUUGUACAUACUUAAAUACACAGAGAGUGAGACGAGUGAUGAGGCGUGGCUGGAAAGCCUGUAUAUAUAUAUGAAUCUGCAGGUGUUUAGAGUUGGGAAGGGGGUAUCGAGGCAAGACUCUUCUGAUAAUAUUCUUUAUCCUUUACUUUGGUCUUGUAGUGUUUUUCCUUUCCUUUGGAGGGUUGGUGUUCAGGGUUGGGUUGGGGCAAACAAGGAUGCUAAAUUUUUGGGAUAGCAGCAGUUUGUCAUUUUGUUAGGUCUAGUUUGGGAGGACGAGGAAAUAAGAAUUUGUUGAUUGGGGGUGUUUAAUUUAUUAGCAGCAGUUCGUGUUCAUGUGCUCUGUUCGAGUUAGUGGGCAUGAUGAUUGUAUGAAUGGUUCCCCUGCAUCUUGAUGAUGAGUUGAGCCGAAGGCUCUGUGCUUGGAAUGUGUUGCUUGAAAGAGCAUUUUUGAAGGAUUGUUCAUUUUGCCAUCUUCUUGUAGCCAUUUCGUCUCAAAUCUAACCAUUGGUGCUCCGGUUAUUGAGAGCUUGAGGAGGCACACCAUUGGUGUUUAAUUUGUCACCAAAACAAAUUCUUGAGUAAUGU